GCUGCUAAAAGGACGACAGAAGACGAACAUUCUCUGUUUCUUCCAGCCAAAAAAUGUAAGGAAGACAAAAUAAGGAACAAUAAUUCUGAUCUGGAAAACGAAAAUGAAGCCAAGUUAAAUUAUGAAAAUGUUGUCUCUGAUUUAUUCAUCAGUUCUUCAGACGAAUCAUCAGACAGCGAAUCAACGGACAGCAAAUCCACUCAUAUCAAAACCACUGAUAAGGAAGCUAGUAAAGAUGAGAUAGAUAAGAAGGAGCUGGAGGAACUUGAACGGCAAGGACAACAAAUUCUGGAACUUGUCUUUGCUGAUGAAGACAGCUAUCGUGAUGAUAGUGAUAAAGAUGAUGAUUUCUAUUUAGAACGUGAUGAACCAGAGCCUGAUAGUGAGACUGAAAACGGUUAUUAUUAUAGUGACAGUAACGACGACGAUGGUGACAUUAUCGAGGACGAUUAUUUUGGCAAUUCUGAUCCAGAAAAUUAUGAUGAUUAUGAAUUUUGAACGGAAAAAUAUUGAAGUGACGAGGAGAUUGAACAAGAAUAUUGAGUCAGUUAUUACCACUGUGAUAAUAACUUUUAAGUUAUAUUUUACAUUUAAGUUAUAUGUUUUUUAUUGUGUAAGUUUAAUAGUAAGUUAUAUUGAAGAGGAAGUAAUCUAUCAUGGAUGAUACAUUACUUCCUCUUCACUAUAAUACAUUCACUGGAUCUUCACUACAAUAUAUUCAGUGCAAAUUCAUUAUAAUACAUUCACUGCAUCUUCACUAUAAGAUAUUCAUUGCAUCUUCUUAAUAAUACAUUCACUGCAUCUUCACUAUAAUACAUUCACAGCAUCUUCACUAUAAUACAUUCACUGAAGAUUCACUGUAAUACAUUCAAUGCAUCUUCACUAUAAUACAUUUACUGGAUCUUAACUAUAAAAUAUUCACUGCAUCUUCUUAAUAAUACAUUCACAGCAUCUUCACUACAAUACAUUCACAGAAUCUUCACUAUAAUACAUUCACUACAUCUUCACUAUAAUACAUUCACUGCAUCUUCAAUACAUUGCUAAUAAGUACCACAAUACAUAUAUUCCAACCUCACUAUAAUCUCCAAGAGAGAUAUAUUAUAGUAGGUUAUACUGGUAAUCUGUAUAUCUUGUUACUCUUGUUAGUAUAUUCCAGCCUCACUAUAAUCUCCAAGAGAGAUAGAUAUAUCAUAGUAGGUUAUACUGGUAAUCUGUAUAUCUUGUUACUCUUGUUAGAAUAUUCCAACCUCACUAUAAUCUCCAAGAGAGAUAUAUUAUAGCAGGUUAUACUGGUAAUCUGUAUAUCUUGUUACUCUUGUUAGAAUAUUCCAACCUCACUAUAAUCUCCAAGAGAGAUAUAUUAUAGCAGGUUAUACUGGUAAUCUGUAUAUCUUGUUACUCUUGUUAGAAUAUUCCAACCUCACUAUAAUCUCCAAGAGAGAUAUAUUAUAGUAGGUUAUACUGCUAAUCUGUAUAUCUUGUUACUCUUGUUAGAAUAUUCCAACCUCACUAUAAUCUCCAAGAGAGAUAUAUUAUAGCAGGUUAUACUGGUAAUCUGUAUAUCUUGUUACUCUUGUUAGCAUAAACAUCAGUAAUGGAUUCAUCAAAUAAAUACAAGUGUGUGCCAGACAAUGCUGCUAAAAGGAAGAGAGAAGAGGAAAAUUCUCUGUUUCCUCCAUCCAAAAGAUCUAAUGAAGGAAAAAUGAGCAACAAGACUUGCUGUCAGGACAUGAAAAAUGAGACAAAAAUAAAGUAUGAAACUCUUCUUUCUGAUCUAUUCGUCAGUUCUUCAGAUGAAUCUUCUGAGGACGAAUCUCUGGAUAAGAAGUGUGUGCCAGACAAUGCUGCUAAAAGGACGACAGAAGACGAACAUUCUCUGUUUCUUCCAGCCAAAAAAUGUAAGGAAGACAAAAUAAGGAACAAUAAUUCUGAUCUGGAAAACGAAAAUGAAGCCAAGUUAAAUUAUGAAAAUGUUGUCUCUGAUUUAUUCAUUAGUUCUUCAGACGAAUCAUCAGACAGCGAAUCAACGGACAGCAAAUCCACUCAUAUCAAAACCACUGAUAAGGAAGCUAGUAAAGAUGAGAUAGAUAAGAAGGAGCUGGAGGAACUUGAACGGCAAGGACAACAAAUUCUGGAACUUGUCUUUGCUGAUGAAGACAGCUAUCGUGAUGAUAGUGAUAAAGAUGAUGAUUUCUAUUUAGAACGUGAUGAACCAGAGCCUGAUAGUGAGACUGAAAACGGUUAUUAUUAUAGUGACAGUACGACGACGAUGGUGACUAUUAUCGAGGACGAUUAUUUUGGCAAUUCUGAUCCAGAAAAUUAUGAUGAUUAUGAAUUUUGA